AUGAGGUUUAGGGGAGUAUUGAUUUUCUUUGUGGGCAGUGUAGUAUGUUACCUGCGCAUCUCCGAACUUGACAAGUUUGACCGUAUGAUGAAGAAAGUGUUGAAGUUUGUUAAAGGCAAAAAAGAUGAAAGAAAGGAUUACGCACCUUCUAAUGUCGGCUUCAGUACCAGUGACCAAUACGCCAAACUACCGGUUUCCAGACCCACAGAAGAAGCGUCAACAACAAUAGAGCAUGCAUGCGGAUAUAGUGUAGAUAUAAACGGAAAGGACAAAAGCCUUACAAAAUUGCAUAAGGUAACAUGGCAAGGAAACCUGGAGAAAGUCAAAGCAGCAGUUAAAAAAACAGACAUUGACAUCCGUGACCGUUCAAACAGAACAGCAUUGCAUUUGGCUGCAGCAAGAGGUCAUGCAAAUGUUGUGUACUUUCUCGUAAAUAACAAAGCAAACGUUAACAUUCGAGACAGUGAUGGAAAAGUUCCUUUGUUGAAGGCAGUGGAAAGUGGCAACAAAGAGACAGUCCAUAUUUUACUGGAAAAUGGAGUUGACUUAAAUCCAGUUGAUUAUAGUGGCAACUCAACCUUGCAUAUAACUGCCAGAAAAGGAUUUUACGACAUCUCUUCAAUGUUGUUGGAGAAAGGAGUCAACACUGAAGUUUCAAAUAAUGUGGGUGAAUUUCCUCUCCAUCUUGCAACACAAGCUGAACAUAAUGAACUUGUUGAGCUACUUCUUAGAUAUGGAGCAUCUGUCAAUGUUGUUGACUCUAAUAAUAGAAGUCCCCUGAUGCUUGCAGCAAGGAAUGGAAACAUGACCUUAGUUAGGCUUUUUCUGGAUUAUGGAGCUCAGAGAUGUCUGACAGAUGGAAAUAACAUGACAGCAGAGGAUUAUGCUGUUUUGGAAGGGUAUCAUGAAUUGGCAACUGAACUGAAGAAAUCAGCAACUCAUAAUACACUCUCACCAUAUGGUAAUACAGGAGAAAACAAAAAAAAUAUACAGAGAAUCACAGAGAGGUCAGCUUCUUUGGAGCCUCUAUCGAAAGUAUCUGCAAUAGCAGUGGAAAGGUGCACCACAUUCAAAGAUGAUGGAACAGAGACUCAUGAAGCUCAUAACAUCUUGAAUGAAAACAAACUGCAAGAAUUGUGUGAUAAGUCACAAAGCCCAUCUUUGGAACUUCAGGAAUUUGUGCAGCCAUCUGAUGAUGAAAUAAGUGAAGAGAGUGGCAAAGAUUUAAGAGCAACUGAGAGACGUGAGGAGGAUUCUCCCAGGUCCUGCAUUAUUCCACCACCCUGUAAGCCACCUCGUAGCUGGGAUUUCAUACAGUCUGGUGUCAUGGAUGACCACAAUUUUAUCUUGCCUACCAUUGUGGGAUAA